AUGGCGUUACACAGUUUUACACUCAGAUAAUUCAAUGGAGGUAUCGUACAACCGUACAGCCACACAGAUAGUUCCAACGGGGGAAUUGAUGGGCGUAUUUAUCUUGAAAUUGAUGUAAAUGACGUCGAGCACAGUCGAACGUCAAAGGAGAGGCCAUUCGUUCAAACGAUGUCGGCGGGCGUCAUCAAGUUAGUGGCAGCAGUCAAGCCAAAACAAGAUGAAUGGCCUAUGUGUGGUCAGUGGCGUGGACAAGAGACGAGCGUAUUACUGUUGACAGUUCGCGAUAUUCUGUUCCGGGGUCAGAAUGCACGUAUCCUCCUGGAGAACUCGUCGGUUGCCUUCCAUUGCAGCCUACCAGGACAUCCUGGCAGACAGCGAGACGUAGCGUGCACUGUGGUCACGAUAGCGAAUUUAUACACGAGUUGCGGUUGUCCCUGGUUAUACGCUAUUCACGAUAAUGAUGCAGAUUGUAUAAACGCUUGUCCCAAGCUAACACGUAUAUGA